AUGGCAGUGCAGUUCCUGCGGAAGGCAUCUGUGUGGUUAAAGAAGCGCAAGAUCCCUUUGUUGGCUGUUACUUGCGUGGGACUGUUUGGCACUGACCUUUCCUAUCAUGUGUUUCCUGAGCAGACAUUCAAACUGUUGCAUGAGUGCUGGUCAGAGGGCCAGCCAGCUGAGCUUUCACAGAGGCUCUGUGGUGUCUUUCAGGAUGUCCUUCAAGAUACUGAUGUGAAGUCCACUGACUCCUAUCGAGCCUUUGCAGCUUCUGGCUUCCACCCUGUGAGUGCUGGAAUCCCCUGGCUGCCCGCAGGCUCUUUGGUGGGCAUCCCACCUAACUUUGAUAGCACAGCUGAGGAUAAAAAAGGAAUAGUCAACCAUGUUGUUGUGAUCAAUGGCAAGGAAGUAGACUGGGAGAGCAACGAAGGUGUUGCUUUGAAAGAAGCUCUGACUUUUUCACUUAAAGCUCAGAAGUUUGCCAUUGCCAGAGAAGUUGUGUAUUUGCAGAACGGCAGUCCUUUAGUGAGUGCAGUUGUGGCUCCAGCUUGCUUAGCUGGUACAUUUCUCUGUGGGAAAGGUAUAAAGCUACUUCUGGGUUUAUCUCCUGGCCCCGUGAUACUUCGCAGCAUCUGUAACCUCAUAACUGCUGCUGGUGGACUGAUGUGCUACUACGUUUCUUACGACGCUGUGACCUAUCACCUAGACUGCAAGGCUGACAGAAAGGCAGCUACUGUUUCCAAAGACUAUGCCAGAGGUGGGGUUGAAUUUUAUGAUAAAAUCUUGUCCCGCAACAGGAUUCUUCGUGGUCUGAUGGGCAAACAAGGGACGAAAAUUUAUUCCCCAAGUGGUAACCUUUUCCCAAGGCACUGGUUCAGAAUAAAGUAUACCCCAUACACUUACCGAAGAGAUUUGAUUGUUAAUAUUUUAAGAGAGCUCCAGGCAUAGGAAGGGA